UUCUUCUUCUUUUGCUUUGUUUGCUGGAAGAUCACAAACAUGCGUGAGAUAAUAUCCUCACCCUAGAUUGCAACGAACCGGUUGGUGGGGGAGGAGUCGUUCAACAGUUAAAUAGAAACACGACAACGAGCCAAAGGGUCACGUGACCAGCAGGAGUCGUGUUGACUGUGAGGCUUCUUGGCAAAGAGGAGUCAACAGAAGCACAUCCGGGGCUUCCCCUGAAGUUCAGCAGAUGGCAGCCGAGGCCCCGAGGCAGAGGAGGACCAGUCGGACCGGCGCCUCGGCAUCCACACACGCCUCCUUUCCUCCUCACAGCGACGGCUCGCUCCGAGAGACGCAUCCGACUCUGGGUCUGAAACAGAAAGGAUUAUCCGGGAUAUGAGUGUCCUCUUCUCCUCUUCUUCCCUCCUCUUGGAUGAGCUGAGGAGCAGGAAGUGACCACAGCAGAGAUCCUCUGGAUCCUCUGGAUCAGAUGUUGGUAGAGUGGAUCCUUCACACGCUGGUGGCAUUUGGACAUGGAGGACCUCACGUGAUCCCAUCUUCUUUUUUUCCCCUUCCUGGGUCAUAAAGAAGAGACGCUAGUGAUGGGGAUGAUGAGGAUGAUGAGGAUAAUGUUCCUUCUCAGCUUUACAAACUCGGAUGUCUGGAUGCUGCCGUCUCCCACCAGCGUCUCCAUGGAGUCCGUAGACAUGAGACACGUCCUGAAGUGGCGUCCUCUACAAGCUCAGUGCACCCCUGUGGUCCUUUACAGCGUUCAGUUCCAGGGGGAGUUCGAGCUGAGCCAGAACGGCAGGUGGGUGGAUGCUCCCGACUGCCAGAUGAUCCCUCACGCUCAGUGUGACCUGACCGUUGACCUUGGCUCGGACUCCGACUACAACCUCCGCCUCAGAGCGCAGUGCGGCUCCCAGAGGUCGGCCUGGAGCAAACUCCGCCCACCUUUCAACCGCAGAGACACGGUCCUCAUGGCGCCGAAGAUGGCGGUGACGACGGCGGGCGACGCCCUUCAGGUGUCCUUCCUCCAGCUUCCUCCCACCGCGGUCGUCAUGGUGACGGUGUGGAAGAAAGGCCACGAGCUGCAGGCUGCUGUGUAUUCCAUGCCGGCGGAGCAGGGGGUGCUGCACGUCGCCGCCCUGCAGGAGGGGGCGCAGUACUGCGUCCGAGCUCACACCGUCCUUUACACCCGGAUCAACAGCAGCAGCACGGACACCGAGUGUGUCUCCAUCGCAGGACGUGCGGACGGCGCCUGGAGGAGGCCGACCGCGGUGAGCGUGAGCGUCGUCAUCGUGUCGUGUUUCCUGUUCGCCGCCUUCUGGUCCGUUGCCCACUGGCAGCAGAGCGCCUGUCGGACGCACUUCCUCAAAGAGCCGCUGCCGCCCUCACUGAAAUCUGGUUGGGACAUUCAAAUCCCGAUGAGGCCGGAGGAGGCGGAGCUUUGUCACCCGAUCCACGUGACCGCCGCCCCCUAACGCGGCGAGCUGAGGGUCCCGACCCUGAAGGGUCACCGACCAAAGUACUGAGCUGACAUUCAUCGUGCAUCUUUGGGAAAUUAUUUCUAGAAGACUCUCUGGCCGCUCCGUCUUGGACUUUAGUGAUUCCCUUUUGGGCUUUUGGGCGCUGCUACUUUAGAUGAUGGAUGCCUGCAUGGGGGGGUUUGGACGUCGCCAUCGCAGCAUUUAGGAGCUGCCUUCUUAGUGAGGAUUGUUGGACAUGAGCCCGUUCUGAUCAGGAUCGAUCCGAUUCAAUCACCGAUUCAAUCACUGUGGUGGAAGUUUGACCGAAUAAAGGGAGACUUGUGAGAAAUUUGUCUUUGUAU